CGCCCGGCUCAGCCCGCAGACGCCUCCCCCGCCGCGGCCAUGGCGGCGAAGCGGCGGCAGCGCUGAAGGAGAGCGGGUCAAUGGCGGGUCCCGGCGCGGCCCCACCGCGCCUGGCUUUGGCCCUCGCCGCUCUCGCGGCUUUAGUCGCCGUUAAAUAUUAUCGGGACGCUGAAGUGGCCCGGCAGCAGGAGCUGGCACUGAAGUCUUUGGGAAGUGAGGGGCUGUUUCUCUUCUCUUCUCUGGACACAAACAACGAUCUGUACCUCAGUCCAGAGGAGUUCAAGCCCAUAGCUGAGAAGCUGACAGGGGUUGCUCCCAUCUCAGAGUUUGAAGAGGAGGAGACGCCUGAUCCGAGUGGGGAGACCUUGUCCAUUGUGGCUAAAUUCCAGCCUUUGGUCAUGGAAACAAUGACGAAGAGCAAAGAUGGUUUCUUGGGAAUUUCUCACGUUGCUCUGGCUGGGCUGAGGAACUGGACUGCCCCUGCAGCCCCUGAGAGUGUGAUGCUUGCCAGGCAGUUUAAAGCCUUUCUUCCUCCAAAGAAUAAACUGGAUCUUGGAGAUCCAUGGUGGAUAAUUCCUAGUGAAUUGAACAUCUUCACUGGGUAUCUUUCCAACAACAGAUUUUACCCUCCACCUCCGAAGGGCAAAGAGAUCAUAAUCCACAAGCUUCUGAGCAUGUUCCACCCACGCCCCUUUGUCAGGACCCGCUUUGCUCCCCAGGGAGCUGUGGCCUGCAUCCAAGCCAUCAGCACCUUCUACUACACCAUAGCCUUCAGGAUCCAUGCUGAGUUCCAGCUGAAUGAGCCACCAGACUUUCCCUUCUGGUUUUCCCCAGGCCAGUUCACAGGUCACAUCAUCCUCUCCAAGGACUCUUCCCAUGUCCGAGAGUUUAAGCUCUAUGUCCCUAACAACAGGUCCCUGAACGUGGACAUGGAGUGGCUGUACGGGGCAAGUGAAAGCAGCAACAUGGAAGUGGACAUUGGUUACCUGCCUCAGAUGGAGUUGGAAUCGACAGGGCCUUCGAUCCCCUCUGUGAUCCAUGAUGAGAACGGGAAUGUGAUUGACAGCAGGGAUCCCUCAGGAGAACCCAUUCAGUUUGUGUUUGAAGAGAUAACCUGGCAACAGGAAAUCCCCUGGGAAGAGGCAGCCCAGAAGCUGGAAGUGGCCAUGUAUCCAUUUAAGAAGGUCUCCUAUCUUCCCUUCACCCAAGCUUUUGAGAGAGCAAAAGCAGAAAAGAAGCUGGUGCACUCAAUCCUGCUGUGGGGUGCCCUGGAUGACCAGUCCUGCUGAGGUUCGGGGCGAACUCUCCGGGAGACCGUCCUGGAAAGUUCGCCCGUCCUCGCCCUGCUGAACCAGAGCUUCAUCAGCAGCUGGUCACUGGUGAAGGAGCUGGAGGAGCUGCAGACCAACAGAGAGAAUGAGUUCUACAGCAAGCUGGCUGACCUGCACCUGGAGAAAUACAACUUCCCUGUGGAGAUGAUCAUCUGCCUCCCCAACGGCACGGUGGUUCACCAUAUCAAUGCCAACUACUUCCUGGAUAUUACUUCUAUGAAGCCUGAAGAUGCUGAAAGUAGCAUCUUUAGUUUCUCAUCCAAUUUUGAAGACCCUUCUACUGCAACUUACCUCCAGUUCUUGAAGGAAGGACUGCAAAGAGCAAAACCAUACCUGCAGACCUAAAAACAAAGGCACCUGAAUGCCCCACAGAGAUGGCCAAAGACUUCAGAGAUCUAUUUUGAUUACAGCAGCUCUUCCUCACCUUCAUGGCAGACGCUGGUGUUAAGAUGCUCACAGUCCCAGGACAGGGGCUUCACUCUGGAUGUUGGUUUGAGUAUAACCUGCCCUUUUGAGUUCAGGCAGACUUUUACAGGAAUGAAAAUGAAUCUAUAAACAUUCUCAGUGCACACACCUCAGUUUGCUGCUCACCCUCAUGUUUCUUCAGCUCCUGUUCAGACUCUGUAGUGAAGCAUAUCUAUCCCAGGCAUCACCUGGAAGCUCAAGGACUGGACUGUGUGUUGAAUCGUGGAGAACAGCUUUGAAUUAUGACUGAACACUUGUGAGGAGCAGAAUCUGGUGCAGGAGGGAAGCUCCCUCCUGGUGGGUCUUCCACACCUCCCUGCCAGCAGCAGCCCUGAGUUGGAAGCUGCCCAGGGGCUUGGGUGCCAGCUCUUCACAGCAGCAUUUAUGGACACUGGUGGCAACCAGAGUGUAAUGAGGCUGUAGCUGCUGAUGUGUGGACAUGAAUGUAGGAGGUUCCAACUGGAGCCCGAGGUCGGGCGUGGCCUCCCAGCACCCUGUGUGACCUGGUGGCAGAGCAGUCUCACUUAUUCAGGCUCUUUGCAUCUGAGGGAGGUGCUGAGGGUGACACAGUGAAAUUAGGAAUGCAGACCAGGGCAUUAGAGGUGUGAUGCAGCUCAGAGACAUCAGGUAUGGAUUAACUCAGGGGGAUUAGGGUCCAGAGCCCCUGUUGGCUCCACCAGCACAGGCUCCAGGACACAGUAGUGACCAGAGCCCCCACCCCAUUCAGCCCAGUGCCAUUUCCAUCCCACCAGCUUUAAGAGCUUUGUUCUCCCAGUGUCUGCUUGGAGAUGGUGAAAUGCUCCAUGUCCAUGUUUGCUCUGAGCUUCCCAGUCACACUGAAUGAUGAACCACAGUGAAGUUCCCUUUGGGAAUGGGAGGUUCAUCAUUGCCCUUGGAGCAUUAACUGAGAACUGAGCAGUUUUAAAAGCCAUCAGUACUCAAGAAAAAAUCAGGAGGUUUUUCCAAAGAAUUUUCUGGGACAGAACACCGUUCUCCCUUAUCUGUAACCACCCUGAGCUGUUGCUCCUACUCUGUACUGAUCCCUGGCUCACAGAGUGAGUAUAAUUUGGGGGAGAGAAGGUUAAAUGAAACGGGUUUUUAAACGUAUUCCAAUAGGUAGGUGAGGAGACAAAGCAUCUGCAAACAGCCAUGGCUGAUGCUUUUCCUGCUCUCUGAAGCACAAUUUUUUGGACCAAAUCAAACAAGGGGAAAAGCCUUUUUUGUUCAUUCCUGGUCUCCAGGACCUGGGAAGAACCCAGGGAUGGUGAUUGCCCUGUCCCCUCCCUGCUCCAGCCCUCCUGUCUGUAACUGUGGCUGGAGACUGAGCUUAGAUGGGCUCUGGGCUGAGCCAGUGUAGCUUCACUAAUUGCGCGAGUGGGAUUAAUUACUCCUGGGAUGUUUCUCAGUAUCAGCUUUAUAACUAUGCAUUAGCUCUGCUCUUUCCUUGCACUCCAAGGGGCCAGCAGUAAUGACAGGCUUGGAUCUGGCAGCACUUGCAGCUGCAGAAAGUGCCAAAGCCUUCAGGCAGCGUUGGAGACUGAGCUCCUGUCACACCAGCAGCCUCAUCCCUUCAGGGGACUUUGGGUCGUUUCCCUUCAGGGGAUUUUGGCCCGAGCUGAGAGCAGCAGAGGAGAUCAAGUGCCUCCCAAGAGGCACAGCUGCAGCAUCGAUCUGCCCUUCUGGCUUUUACAAAGCUUGACCUGAGGUAUUUUUGCUUGCCCAAGCCCUGCAGUCAGGGGCUUCAGAUUUUGAAAUGGUGUCAGUUGUGCUUGGGUGGACAGUUCGUUCCGGUUUGUUCUCCUUCCCACCAGUUGUGCAGCAGAAGGGGCCAAAGGGGGCAGUGGCUGAGCAGGCAGGGACUGCUUUUUUCUCUUUCAAGGCUUGGAAGGGCAGGCACAGAAGCAGCUCUGCAGGGCCAGGGGAGCCCCUCAGCCUCCUGCAGUGCCGAGGUCGGGAGCUGCAAGUGGCAGCAUUGUUUGUUUGAUCCUGCAGACAUGGAGCUCCCUCUCAGCAGUGGUGCCUGCUACAGUCCCACACACAAGUUGGGUCCAUGCCUCAGCCUGGCGUGAGCCCAGGCUCACACGAAGCCUUGGGGAUCCCUGAAAGUACCUUGUUUUUUCUCUUGUGAACCACUGGGCUCUUGCAGCCCUGCCCGGAGCCACCUGAGCACUCCCAAGCUGUUUGAGCUGAAGGGGAAGAGGGUUAGUCUGAACGCUGUCAGGGGGAACCCAAACAGCCACCCCCAGGCUGGGACAAUUUGGGGAGACAGGGGGGACUCGAUUGUGUCCCCCAUUAAUUGCAAAGCUGCCUAAUUGGUCCAUCAGCUGCAGCAGGUGGGCUCCAGACAGAAGCUGUUGCCUGAGGCUUUUAUUAAUAGGUGCCAAGUUUUUUUGUUUCCUAUUUGUAAACUCUCUUUUUAAGUUUUAUCAAUAAGGUUUUUUGAUACCUCGAGGAGGGAAGAGGUGCUGCUUUCCCCCACCUGCUGUGCUUCGUGAUGCUCUGGUCCAAAACCUGCAGAGGGUCAGAGCUGAUGUCUGCUCAGCGAGGGUCUGGGGGGGAAGCAGACGCGGUUUGGUGCCGGUUGGCGUGAGGGGUCCUGGAGCCCCUGGCUGUAGCUGGACUUGUUAAACCCAAUCCCACCAC